UUGUUCGUGGUUGGAACGCCUGGCCUCCCAUUUUAUGUCAUGGGAGGGAUUAUCCUUUUCUUCACCUUGGUGCUCUUCCUGAUGGUUCCAAAUGUAAAACCUGGCUCUUCCUCCAAGAGCAAAGACCUGGCCAAUGGCUCAAAACCCUGUCUCACCAUUAGAAACGUCAUCCAAUCUUUUAGUCUUUCCCUCCCGUUUUUGGACAAAUUCAUCCUUUUUUGUGGAAAUGGGAUGCUUGAAUCCAUGCUCCAACCACAUAUGAUAAAUUCCGAGGCUCAAGCAACUCAGUUCGAGGUCAGCAUGGCAUUCUUGAUCAUGGCCACGUGUUACGUGGUCAUCUGCCCAAUUGUUGGUCACGUUUGUGAUGGAAUGAAGAGGCCGAUUUUGCUCUCCAUUGUCGGAAACUGUUUCUUGGUCGUAGCAUUCAUCUUUAUAGGACCCGCUCCAUUUAUCACCAGAUUGCCGACCUCGGUUCCAUUGAUUUUCGGAAUGAUGCCCCUCUUUGGGUUAGCAAACGGAUUGGUAGCAGUCUCCUCGUUUUCAAGAGCUUAUAAGGAAUCCAUCCGACAAGGAUAUCGAGAUGACGUCAGCACCUAUUUGAUUGUAACAGGUAAGAUAGAAAUCGAAAAUCCCUACUUUAGAUCUCAAGUCCAGCGGCUUCUAAUUGUGUGUUCCCAAAAAUUUGCGUUAGGAAAAUUGAGUCAAAACCUUAAAGUACUAGAUUUUUUGACGUUCGAUAGCGUUAAUAAACAUGAGCAGUGUAGAUUAACAGAAUUAGGACUAUUUUUCUUGAAGAACUAA